AUGUCGGAACCACCUACAAUCUUCAACUCGGCCAUCGCGUGUCGCGAGAUCUUCAGGACAGCUACGAAAUUUUCACGACUUAUGCGGCAAGAGUGGGCUGAAAAUAGACUUGCAGAUUUCAAUCUAUGGACUGCUGGUUCAGGGGCCUCAACAACAGGAAAGACCUCGCUAGAUCAUCGAUUACAAGCCAACCAGGAAACACACAUCAUUAUUGUCAAUCUCUUGUGUAUGCUGAGGAUCUUGAUUGAAAAAUGUAUAAAGGAAGCCAGCGCCACAGAAGAAAACGCCUCGGAGCUAUCUAGUGGAGAAUUGUCGAGAAUAAAGGACGUGGAAGAUAGUUUGAACCAGCUCUCCAGGUUAACGGUUGCAAUUCGCAAAGCUGGGGUCAGGUCUCGACUCCAAAAGGCAGAAAGCUCAUUUAACCCCGAGAAUUCUCAAAUUAGCUCCCUGCGCCGACACCUUGAACUCCUACUUCUAAUACAUCCCGAGAAGCAUGGAAGCUCAGAGUCAAGUCGAAACCAACUCGAUGCAGCACGAUUGACCCCGAUUCAAUCGCGGCUGAUUGAUGCCAAUCUGAAGCGGCGGAAUCGCUUUCUAUACGCUCAACGACAUGCUCAGAAACUAGAAAUCAAUUCCAAAAAACAAGACGAUAGGCCGAGUGCACCGGUCGUGGUAGUAAAGUCGCAGCAGCCACAACAGGAGAUUAUACUUACGGAGAAUCCACGUGCUCAAAGUACGACAACUGCAACAGUAGUGGAUGAGCAAAUUUUAAUUCCGCCAAAGGCAGCUAGCACUACAACAGUCGUGUCGGUCACAAGCUCUCGAAUCUCGUAUCCCAAGCCUCCGCCUAUACACGACGACCAAAUAAUUUUCACAUGUCCAUGUUGUUGUCAAUCCCUUCCUACUACGGUAGCUCGAGGAAGUCAUUGGAAGAAACAUCUCAUGGGAGAUAUUUUACCGUAUACAUGCAUUUUUGAAGACUGUGCCCAAGCCGAUAAAUUUUAUAAUACCAAAGCAACUUGGUUAAACCAUAUGGAAAUGGAACACGGAGGUUCAGAACAAUGGGUGUGCCUCGCAUGCUCACAGAAAAGCCUCAAUGUAACCUUCAGGGAACCCGUUGAUUUCACUGCACAUCUGGAACAGGAGCAUAGCAAGAUCAAGCCGCAGCAGAUACCUAUGUUACUCUCUACAUGGCGACGCAAAGUUCCUCUCAAGAUUUCCGCUUGCCCACUUUGCGGUUUUGAAGACAAUGAUCAGAAUUUUGUGCUCGACCACGUUGCGGAGCAUAUUCAUUCGUUUUCGUUGAGGUCACUUCCAUUGCCACCGGGAGAAGGGAUAGAAGAAGAUAGGGAUGAAGGAGAAGAAGACUACAGUUCUUAUUUCAAACAGUAUCCAUAUUUUGACGUUGACAGCUCCAGGUCAGAGCUCUCGUCAAGUCUAUCUAAACGAUCAUCGUUGGGAACAGAUACAGGAAGCUUUGCGGGUUUUAAUUACAGGGAAGCUGACUCUUCCGACUACCAGCAAGAAGAACUAAUGGAAUAUUUUCUCGAAAUACCUUCCCUGGCACGUAUCAGUGACGAACCAGAGAGUUCGCUUCGUACCUUACAAAUUAUGAUCGACUUAGGUGCCGACUCAGCAGAGUUGGUCAAAAUAUGUGUCGAGGUAUUAUCAGCACAAUUUUCCAAGAUUUUACAGCUUGGGGAUGAGGUAGACCCUGGUAAACCACUAACAGCAUAUGGAAUUGACUCGCUAGAAGGCAUGGAGUUGCAACAUUGGAUCCGUCACAAUAUGGAGGUAGAGCUUUUGACCUUCGACAUUAUUAACGAGAAUUCUCUUAUUACGUUGUCUGAAAAGAUAGUCUCGAAACUGCUAAAGUAG